GUUUCUUCUCCCAAGCCAGCUCAAACGUACUAAGCUCAGGGGGCUAAACAAGGCUUCUCUAGGCAGGGUAAUGCGGGGAACUUCACUGGAUAGACCAUUUAGGUGACUUCUAUCUCUAUGACUGAGGCACUUCUGCUGCCGCUGUUAUCAAGCAUGCUUCUGCGGCAGAACGCGGCCUCUGAGACCCAGUGUGUCUACUCACCUGAGCGUUGCGAGGUGGAGUUAGAGCUACGGUUUCUUAUGAUAACUUUGCUAUCUCUGCUCACCAACCGGUUCACAUCACGAUUGCUCAAUGAGUUCGAAAAAGAGUAUGCUUCGGCUUCACCAAUCCGGGACAAAAUCCCCCAGCUAUGCUACAAUUAUUCCCUUCCUGUCCCAGAUAAUACAACAGAAGGCCAAGACAUUCAGGGCCUUCUGAAUAUGACCAUAGGUAUGCUGGUUGGAUGGAGUAACACCCUGAGGCAUGUGGCCACAGAUACUGCUGAUUUGGAGUCAACCAUCAAAGUUAGUGAUUUCAUAUAUAAAAUCAGAAUAAUAGUUUCAAGAUUCACAACACUCUCAGAACUACUGUAUGAUGUGGGGUCAUUACUCAAAAACGUUCAUCUUGAAUUUGAGGAAGAUGAGACCUACCCUGCCUCAUCUGCACUGCCAUCUUUACAUCUGUUAGAAAAUCCCUCUCGUCUUGCUUUUUAUCAUGUCCUCCUUGGCUGCCUGAGUUAUAAUGCAGAAAAUAUUGUCAAUCAGAUCAAGGUCUUGAAAUGUCAACUGACAAAAUGCUAGUCUGAAUUCUGUCUUUUCUGCAAUGCUCAGAAACGGAAGGAUGUUAUAAUGAUUCAUUCCUUCAAAUAUUUUUUGUUGAUUUUAUGACUUUUCAAUGUGUAAGUAUGAAUUGAGGGACUAUUCUUUGGCUAUUAAAAACUAACGUUUAAAAAAUC